AUGGAGGAAAUGGAUAUCGAGGAAGAGCAGAACGGCACUCGAGGUCCGCUGAGGAGGAACCGUGUGGUUUCUGCCGACCAUGAGGAGGCCCUGGCCGACCAGUGGGCGAGAUCCAUGGCUCUUAACAGUGAAGGUCUCGAGGUCAGCCAAUUCUUCCCUCUCCUCCCCCUUCCUCACCUUCCUUCUGCCCCAAAUCAAUCGAAGAAGAUCAAAAUAGAGGAUUCGUAGAACGACGGCAAAUCACCGAUCACUUCCUCACAAACUUCUGUGAGUGCAGGAUUUCGAUCACUGAUUGUCGUAAAAAUCAUGCUCGCCGUCUUACUACUUGGAUUGUACAUCAUGUUCAUUUCAUCAUGUUCUUCAUGCAUCGGGAGAGAGCCCCACGAAUAUCUCCGCAGACAACCGUGCCAUUAAUUGAAGAAGAUCGCCAGAUCAGGAUUUCUCGACACAUCUUAGUUCCGAACUGAUUAUCAUCCAAAUCACUGCGAAAUUUCAUUUUAAUUAUAUUUACUAAACAUUUUCCUUGCAAUGAUGAUCGUGUCCUUCUUGCUACACUGAAAUUUCUGUUUAACGGGGAAGGAUCUUUCAUACUCAUCGUUUUGAGAUAUUUUUCUUUCACCUAAAUUAAAUGUGGGACUAUUCGUAUACAUUAAUCGGCCUGAAGUUCGUGUGUUCCUUCGAUUCAGGGUCUGAUUCCACGGGCAAGACUGCUUCUGACGACAGGAGCAACAUUUUUUCUUGGAUUCUGGCCUCUGAUUAUCAUCACAAUUGGAUUAUUCUCAGCAACAGACUAUGUAAGAUCUUUUCUUCUUCUUUUUUACCUUGAAAUUUUCUAUUUUUUAGUGGUAAUAUACCCCCAAACGUUAGUCCAGAGGAUGGGAAAAAUAUGAAAGAAAAUAACAAAAUAUUAACAUUGGGAAAUUAAAUUAUAGGAUUAAACCGAAAAGGAGUAUUCCGGGUGUGUUAAUGGGCUGGCCCACGUUCCAAGCAGCCCACCUUUUCUCCAGUUUAUCGUUUACUAUUAAUUUUUCACCGUCCGAUCGAACAAUUGAUCUCUAUGAUGAUCUUGGUUCAUGUUUCAGUAUUUCGGCCCGGGCUUCGUACACGAGGCCCACAAGGCGGAGGUGUUGGGCCCAUCGGUUCCAUCACGAGAUGGAAGGAUUGCGCCACGUGUAGAGUAA